UUCGUGAUAAACCUCGCCGAGAAGAACACGACGUUCGACACGUUUAAAGCGGUUCUUCUAAAGAACGGUGCCGAGUUCACGGAUUCUCUUAUCAGUAAUUUGCUGCGUCUCAUACAGACAAUGCGGCCUCCACCAAAACCAUCUACGAGCAAAGACACAGUUGUCAAACCCAAAUCGGAGAAGGAAAAGUUGAAGGAAUUGUUUCCAGCCCUUUGCAGGCCAGACAAUCCCAAUAUCAGGAAUAUGCUGGAUGAAGAUGAUGUGAAAGUGGCAGCUGAUGCACUUAAAGAACUUGAAGCUCUGAUGCCUUGUGCAGGCAGGCAGGGCAAGCAAAGGAGCAGUGACCACCGGGCAAAGAAAAAGAAGAGGAGCCGAAGUCGCAGCAGAGACAGGAAGCGAAGGCACAGAUCUCGCUCUAGGUCUCGUUCUAGGACGCGGGAUAAGAACAGAGGAAAAUCCAGAUACCGGUCAAGGAGCAGAAGUCAGAGUCCCAGUAGGAACCGUAAGGAUCGAGAGAAGUAUAUUGAGAAGAGCAAUGAGAGAUGGAGAGACAAGCACGUAGACCGUCCGCCGCCUGAGGAGCCUUCCAUUGGAGACAUUUACAACGGCAAAGUCACGAGUAUCAUGCAGUUUGGAUGCUUUGUGCAGCUGGAGGGACUAAGGAAGCGCUGGGAGGGCUUGGUCCACAUCUCCGAGCUUCGGCGAGAAGGACGGGUUGCCAAUGUGGCCGAUGUUGUGAGCAAAGGACAAAGAGUAAAAGUCAAAGUGUUGUCCUUUACUGGAUCCAAAACCAGCCUGAGCAUGAAGGAUGUUGAUCAAGACACUGGGGAAGACUUGAACCCAAAUCGGAGGAGAAACCUGGUUGGAGAAACCAAUGAAGAAACCUCUAUGAGAAACCCAGACAGACCAAGUCACCUGUCCCUAGUGAAUGCUCCAGAGGUGGAAGAUGAUAGCCUUGAACGGAAACGCCUCACCCGAAUUUCGGACCCAGAGAAAUGGGAAAUAAAACAGAUGAUUGCAGCUAAUGUGCUCUCCAAGGAAGAGUUUCCUGACUUUGAUGAGGAGACUGGGAUUCUUCCUAAAGUUGAUGAUGAAGAAGAUGAAGACCUUGAGAUUGAGUUAGUUGAAGAAGAGCCACCAUUCCUUCGAGGUCAUACUAAACAGAGCAUGGAUAUGAGUCCCAUCAAAAUAGUAAAGAAUCCAGAUGGUUCCUUGUCCCAGGCUGCAAUGAUGCAGAGUGCUUUAGCUAAAGAAAGACGAGAACUUAAACAAGCCCAGAGAGAAGCAGAGAUGGAUUCUAUCCCGAUGGGACUCAACACACACUGGGUGGAUCCUCUCCCUGACGUGGAUGGAAGACAAAUAGCUGCAAACAUGCGAGGUAUUGGGAUGAUGCCAAAUGAUAUCCCGGAGUGGAAGAAACAUGCGUUCGGUGGCAACAAAGCUUCUUACGGUAAGAAGACCCAGCUUUCCAUCAUUGAGCAGAGAGAGAGCCUCCCUAUCUUCAGACUGAAGGAGCAGCUGAUACAAGCUGUGCACGACAACCAGAUUCUGAUUGUUAUUGGAGAGACAGGAUCUGGGAAAACAACACAGAUUACCCAGUACCUGGCUGAGGCGGGGUAUACGUCAAGAGGAAAGAUUGGAUGUACUCAGCCUCGCAGAGUGGCUGCAAUGUCUGUUGCAAAGAGGGUGUCAGAGGAAUUUGGUUGCUGCCUGGGACAAGAGGUUGGCUACACCAUUCGAUUUGAAGACUGCACUAGCCCUGAAACUGUUAUCAAAUACAUGACAGAUGGUAUGUUACUGAGGGAGUGCUUGAUAGAUCCUGAUCUGACUCAGUAUGCCAUUAUCAUGCUGGAUGAAGCCCAUGAGAGGACCAUACAUACAGAUGUGCUCUUUGGACUCCUGAAGAAGACAGUGCAGAAACGGCAGGAUAUGAAGCUGAUUGUGACGUCAGCAACGCUGGAUGCUGUGAAAUUCUCUCAGUAUUUCUAUGAAGCGCCAAUCUUCACGAUUCCUGGCAGAACAUACCCAGUAGAAAUUCUGUACACAAAAGAGCCAGAGACAGAUUAUUUGGAUGCCAGUCUGAUUACAGUAAUGCAGAUCCACUUAACAGAGCCACCAGGUGACAUUUUGGUGUUUCUGACUGGUCAGGAAGAGAUUGACACUGCCUGUGAAAUCCUCUAUGAGAGGAUGAAAUCUCUAGGACCUGAUGUUCCAGAGUUAAUUAUCCUACCAGUAUAUUCGGCUUUACCCAGUGAAAUGCAAACCAGGAUCUUUGACCCAGCCCCACCAGGAAGCAGAAAGGUUGUCAUCGCCACUAACAUUGCUGAGACGUCUUUGACUAUUGAUGGAAUAUAUUAUGUAGUUGAUCCUGGCUUUGUGAAGCAGAAAGUUUAUAAUUCCAAGACUGGAAUUGACCAGCUGGUUGUUACACCAAUUUCACAGGCUCAAGCAAAGCAGCGAGCAGGAAGGGCUGGAAGAACAGGACCAGGAAAAUGCUAUAGGUUGUAUACAGAGCGUGCUUAUCGAGAUGAAAUGCUAACCACCAAUGUGCCUGAAAUCCAGAGAACGAAUUUGGCCAGUACAGUACUUUCCCUGAAGGCUAUGGGCAUCAACGAUUUGCUCUCCUUUGACUUUAUGGAUGCUCCCCCAAUGGAAACUCUCAUAACUGCCAUGGAGCAGCUGUACACCCUGGGAGCUCUGGAUGAUGAGGGACUGCUCACUCGACUUGGCCGCAGGAUGGCAGAAUUCCCCUUGGAGCCUAUGUUGUGUAAGAUGUUGAUCAUGUCUGUACAUCUGGGAUGCAGUGAGGAAAUGUUGACAAUAGUCUCCAUGCUGUCCGUACAGAACGUGUUCUACAGGCCAAAGGAUAAACAAGCACUUGCUGAUCAGAAGAAAGCCAAGUUCCAUCAGACAGAAGGCGACCACCUGACUCUGCUGGCUGUGUACAAUUCCUGGAAGAACAAUAAGUUUUCAAAUCCCUGGUGCUAUGAAAAUUUUAUCCAGGCCCGAUCCUUACGCAGGGCACAGGACAUCCGCAAGCAGAUGUUGGGCAUUAUGGACAGGCACAAGCUGGAUGUGGUAUCCUGUGGCAAGGCAACAGUUCGAGUCCAGAAGGCCAUCUGUAGCGGCUUCUUCCGAAAUGCAGCGAAGAAGGAUCCCCAGGAAGGUUAUCGUACACUCAUUGAUCAACAAGUAGUCUAUAUCCACCCAUCCAGUGCUCUCUUCAACAGGCAGCCGGAAUGGGUGGUGUAUCAUGAACUGGUGCUGACCACCAAGGAAUAUAUGCGUGAAGUGACGACUAUUGAUCCUCGCUGGCUGGUGGAAUUUGCACCAGCUUUCUUCAAGGUUUCUGAUCCCACCAAGCUGAGCAAACAGAAAAAGCAGCAGCGGCUGGAACCCCUGUACAAUCGCUAUGAGGAGCCCAAUGCUUGGAGAAUAUCACGUGCAUUCAGACGGCGAUGA